AUGGAUAUAGAUCUAGAAGAAGAUUAUUGCUCCUGGCCUACUGUUUGCAAGUCAGAGAGCAAGCCUGCCACCCAGCAAACCAUCGACACGCCCACGCAACGAAUUGUCACCUAUCGCGACACAGGAGUACAGUGCCUGCCACCGAGUGACACUGACGCGUUCAAGACCAUCUACAAUCGCGAGCCCAAUCAAGAUGAUCUAGUCAAGGAAACUGUCACCGAAGCCAUCGCUCACUACACAGCCGGCGUCGGUUCGGGUCCCUAUGAAACCAUUGCCAGCACCCCGUUCCUAGCUCCAAUCCUUGUAGAAACCGGAAAGACGUACUCGGAUGCUUCAUUUCAGACUAUGACUACAAAAGAUUGCAACACCUCCAUUGCGCAAGCGAAAAUCAAAUCUUGGGACCUAGCCGCCAAACAGCGUCCUGUCGCUGCAGGCGCAGGCUAUAAGAUCUGGUGCGAGAACAAAGUCGACAAGACUGUACAUGCAGAGCAGUGCCCUAUUCGCAUUCGAAUCGACGAUGGGAAGGUGAUCGAUACUGAUGCCCACGAGAUCAUGCUGCCAAAUAUCUACGGUAAAAAGAUCGGUUCGGCUGCCACGUCGUCGGAGAAUGAAAGCGCAGUGGUGUGGAGCAGGACAUGUCCUCGUACCCGCAUCAAUCCAGAUGCUUCUCCAGAUCUCAACCGUAUCCCGUCAUUGGAGCCUGGUAGUUCCGUAAAGAUCUGCCAGCCAUGGGUGCCGGAGCAGCUCGCAGAUACGGACUCCGCCAUGGAUAUCGAUGAGCCUGAAGUACCCAGACCCAGUCGAUGGGAUAAGUUUCCAAAUCCUUACACUGCUUGGCUAGAACGCCACGGUCAUUCAGAGCACGUCACGACUGCUCGUCCUGUAGCUGGUGGACACAACAUGUGUCAAGAUCUGACCGGAGCACAGAAUACUACUGCCUUGAUGGACGUUGACCAGCCUCUUGGAGCGUCUGACUUCAACACUAACAGGAAUACUAACAUAGAUGAAGUCCCAUCAACAAACCUCUCGUCGCACCGAACCUCUGAACCGUAUCCAUCUGCUCACAACCACGAGCACAACCGCUACCAUGUCUCUGAACAUUCAAAUGGCAAUCUAACAGUUCUUCUAGAUGCGACCGUCGAAGACUACAUCACGCGUCUCCGCAACGAGCGAGAGGCCAACCCUAAUACCCCAGAUGUAGGCUUCCUAGAAUACGUUAUGCAUAUUCGUGCCAUCAAAGCUGCCAACACCGCAGCCCAAGAAACACAGUACAACGCGGCCCAGCCCGAGCACCGCCUCCGGCAGCCAGCUUAUGAAGACCGUCACCAGUAUCAAGAUCGCGAGCACCGCUCCCAGUAUCGUGCCCACGAAGAACGUUCUCAGUAUCGUGCACAUGGAGACGAUUCUAAGUAUGGUGACCACGAGCACUGCCCCCAGUAUCAAGACGAACACCAUUCCCAUCAUCGUGCCCACGACGCCCGCUUCGAGUAUCAAGACCACUCCCACCACUCGGAGCAUCGUGCCCACGACCACGACCACUCGCACCAUCACCACCCCCACGGCCACGGCCACAGCCACGGUCACGGUCACGGUCACGGCUCCCAGCAUCAUGCCUACGAACAUCGCUACCACCACCAAGACUACUCCACCCACCCCUCCCUCAACUACGACGAGGAAGACUCAUCCGCAAACCAUGAAGAGCACUACAUCGACCCAUACAUUCAUACGCGUCAACUACAUAACGCACAACGUGUGGCUGUCGAUCAAGUACGACGUGCCGCGACGCCCCGCAGGUCUACGCCGCGACGCCGCGCAAGGCGCUAG